CAGACACAGAGGAAAUCCAAACCAAAGACAGCAGGCUGUCGUCUGUGGAAGAAUAUUGUACAGUUAAGCAGAGAGGUUUUAAUAGAACUGUACAUUUCCUACCUCUGGAGGCCUUUUGGUCCCAUAACACAGGGAAAGUCCUGAAAUGCCUCCUUCCAGGUAUCUUCUGACGGCCCCCUCGCUGGAACAAAAUGACAGAAGAACUGGAGAUGCAGCGCAGGAGGGUCGACAUGGCCAUUGAGCGUCCGCCCUGAGACUCCCUCUGGUCUCUUGAGUAUGAACACAAACAAGCAGAGUGAGGCUGGUGGCUGCCGAUGGACGAGGAUGUCUCUGAGGCUGCUGUCAAUGGAUCCAUCAGACCAGGGCUCUCAGAGAUGCAGGCUCGGUCCAGGCUUGAUGUCAGCGCUGGGUCUGAGUCUGGGCUCCCCUCUGCUGGUGUCUGUUCCCGGGGGAAGCUGCCUGUGCACUGCCUGGCCCCGGCCUGACCUGGCAGAGGGCUUUCUGCAGGUGGACCUGAAAUGUUCCUCUCCCAGCCUGAUCUCUCACCCACCCACACAUCUCAACCUGGACCCUGGCCAGCUCACACCUGUACACUGCCCCAAGCUGAAAGGUGUUAAGAUAACUGUGGUAGUCCAGAGUGUUGACUUUAAGAAACACACACCUCCUCGGCUUGUUCAUGAGCUUGUGAAAGACUUGCUGAAAGGUGUAUAUGUCCACGAGAAGCAUGUGAUAAACCUUGAGGAUUUUGAUACAGAGAUUAGAUAUGUUGUUAUUGAAAGCAUCAAUCUGGAUUCUGCCAGUGCUGGAUUUAUCACCUCAAAAACUGGUGUGGAGAUAGCUGGCAUCCAGACGGUCCGGCAUCACAGGAGUCAGCUGCAGGACCAGCACACGGCCCCACUGGGGGGUCUGGAGGAGGUGAGUGCCUCCCUGAGAGAGAUGCUGCAGCUGCCCCUGCUUUAUCCAGGCACCCUGAGCUCUCUUGGUGUGUCGUGUCCCAGAGGUGUGCUCCUGGUGGGGCCUCCAGGUGUGGGCAAGACCCUGCUGGUCCGCAGAGUAGUGGGGGAGGUGGGAGCCAGCCUGGUGGUGGUCAGAGGACCAGAGGUGGUUGGAUCACGGCCGGGUGAGAGUGAGGAGAAGUUGCGUGCUGUGUUUGAGCGGGCUCGAUCUGCAGCUGAAGAGGGUCCAUGUGUGCUGUUCUUAGAUGAAUUAGACUCUCUGUGUCCGAGGAGAACCGGCUCGUCGGCACCAGAGAACCGCCUGGUCGCUCAGCUUCUCACAUUGAUGGACGGGGUGAAUCAGUCCGAUCGCUUCCUCAUCGUCGGAGCCACCAACCGGCCAGACAGCUUAGACCCAGCACUGCGCAGGCCUGGAAGAUUUGACAGAGAGGUUAUCAUUGGAGCUCCCACCUUGCAGCAGAGAAAAGCCAUCUUGUCUGUUCUGUGUGCGAGGAUACCUGUGUGUCCCAGUGUGGACAUGGCAGAGCUUGCACAGAGAACUACAGGUUAUGUAGGAGCAGACCUCAGUGCCCUGUGCAGGGAAGCUGCCAUGCACGCUAUACGAGAAAACUCUAAGGGUUCAGGAGAGCAGGCGGUGGGUAUGAAGCACUUCCAGGAGGCCCUGAAGUCAGUGCGUCCCUCCUGCCUGCGGAGCAGCCUGGGCAGGACGGAGCUCUCUCCAAUGUCUUGGGAGCAGAUAGGAGGCCUGGAUGAGGUCAAACUCAAACUAAGACAGAGUAUUGAGUGGCCGAUGAGAUACCCCGAGGCGUUCAUUCGCCUGGGUCUGUGUCGGCCGCAUGGCGUGCUGCUCUACGGACCUCCAGGAUGUGCAAAGACGACGCUUGUCAAGGCUGCAGCCAGCUCGUCUCACUGUGCCUUCCUGUCUGUCAGUGGUGCUGACCUCUACUCUCCCUAUGUCGGAGACUCAGAGAAGGCUUUAGCGCAGCUGUUUCGUCAGGCCCGGGCUUGUGCUCCCUGUAUCCUGUUCCUUGAUGAGAUUGACUCUCUGAUUGGCUCGCGGUCAAACAGUCAGACAACUAACAGCGUACAGACACGCCUCCUGUCUGUGCUCCUGAAUGAGAUGGAUGGGGUUGGCCUGAGGACGCUGGAGAGGAGAGGGACUGAUAAGAUCCUCCAGGCAGAGGGACUGGAGGAGAAUCACACACAGGAACAGUUGGACUGCCAGGAAGUAUGCAACAAAGAUGUGAUGGUUAUAGCUGCCACAAACAGACCCGACUGCUUAGACAGUGCCCUCCUCAGACCUGGCAGGCUGGACCACAUCAUCUAUGUCCCACCACCUGACCAGCAGGCUCGUCUUUGCAUCCUGAAGGUGUGUACAGAGUCGAUGCCCGUGGGUGCUGAUGUGAGUCUGGAGGAGCUCGCAGCAAAGACAGAGCUUUACUCUGGAGCUGACCUGGAAAAUCUGUGUAAAGAGGCUGCCCUGUUGGCGCUACAAGAGGAGAACAUGGAGGCCUCUGCCAUCAAACACACAUAUUUCCUCCAGUCCCUCAGCAAAAUGAGCCCCUCUCUCACUGCCCAGCAGAUCCACACAUAUCAAACGUCUCCCAGAUGACAAACCACAUAUGAGCAUGUCCUUUGCAUUGAUAUAUUGUAUUAUUACACAAAAACUAGUUAGAAAUAAAAUGAGUAAAGUAUG